AUGUUCGUAGAAUGUUUAGUCGACUCAGGAAGCCCCGUUAGCCUAAUCAAGAAAGUUGUAGUGCCAGCAGGAGCAAAAUCAGAAGAUGUCAAAGAAAUAUAUUACGGGUUGAAUAAGUCCACUUUGAGUAUAGUUGGAAAAAUGAAAUGUUACACAGAAGUAUUGAAUAAAUAUGAUUCAGUUGAACUCCUAGUGGUUCCAAACGAAUGUAUGGGUUAUUCAGUUUUGCUAGGCAGGGAUUUUAUUGAAACUAGUGACGCAAAGUUGAAGAUAGGAAAUGUCGAGUUUACACAAGUGGAAGUAGAAAAUGUUGUGGACAAAGUAGAGAACAAAAACAAAGUUGAGAAAAUGCACAAAGUCGAGAAAGUGAGCAAUUUAGUCGUGGAAAACAAGGGCAAGUGCGAAAAAGUGAAAAGCACAGAGGGUGCAAACGAAGGUAAUAUUAGCGAAGUGUUAAAUGAAAUUAUGGCAAUAGAUGCUUGCGAAGAAACGGACGUAGAUCUCAAAGUAGGUGAACAGCUAAGCUGUAGAGAAAAAGAAAGUUUCGUGCAGAUGUUUAGGAAAAUUUAUGUGAACUCAAAAAAGUUACGUGAGCCCCUUGUAAGAAAGGAAAUGCGACUAGCGCUAGAAAACGAUAAGCCAUUUGCGUGUCCUCCGAGAAGACUAUCUUAUAGUGAGAAAGAAACGCUACAAAAAAUAAUAGACGAAUAUUUGGCAAAGGGAUACAUACGACCAAGCGAAUCAGAAUUUGUGUCGCCAAUAGUAUUGGUUAAAAAGAAAACAGCUGAACUUCGGUUAUGCGUUGACUAUAGGAAACUAAACAAGGUUACAGUCAAAGACAGUUAUCCCAUGCCACUUAUAGACGAUUUACUGGACAGGUUGGCGAACAAAAAGAUAUUCACUAAGUUAGACUUAAAAAACGGAUUUUUUACGUUUUUAUAA